AUUGGGAUUAGGGCUCAACAGAGCUGGCCAUUUCAUCAGAAAGUAGGUCAAGGGGCAGGUCCUAGAGGAGGUAGGAGAGUUGUUAAAAAUCCACCACCAAUAAAUUUAAAAUGGAAGACUACAAAAUCAUUGUCGUAAUGAUCAUCAAAAGACAAAAAAAAAAAAAAUAGGAAAGCAGGGGACAGAGCAGCCAUUAUAGGCCAAAGCCUUCUUGGAGAAAGAUAAAGCAAUAAAGAUUUGAAGAAAAGGAAAAUUGAGGAGCGCCGCAGGGCCUCGGCUUUGCUUUAUGGUGGCAAAUUGGAAUUGCCACUCGAAUCCCCAUAAUCUCCUCCUUUUCUUUUACACCAAUACAUAUUAGAUUUGAGACUACAAUCCAUUUUAUCUUAAAAGUACAACUCCUCUCCCUUCAAUCACUGUCCACGGCCCUUCCUACCUAAACCAACCGUUGAGGACGUUAAAUUUUCACCUUCGUAGAUGGACAAUACUUCCCUACUGACCGAGCAGCAUUUAGAUACCGCGUAGCGGAAUAAGAGAAAAGAAACUUUUUUCCUUUUCUAGAAAAACAAUAGAACACCAGCAGUGGUUGCGUGUCAUAACACAGCACAGCAUUUAAAGAAUGGAUGAUUGAGAGGUAUUGCUCUUUUGAAAAUGCUUUUAAGAAGUUGCCGUCUCAAUGUGCCAAACUCUACCUUUAUUCUUCUAUCUCCAACCAAUCUCCCAAUUCUUCCAUUCAUUAAAAUUUAAUGCAAAAAAGAGGGGGAAAAAAACCCAAGGAAUAUCUUUAGCUGUGUGUGUCUUUAGGAAAAGAAAGUUGGUCCCUUUUUGACCUCUUUUCUGUCCCCAAAUCGAAAUCCUAUACAUAACCCUCUUUCAUAUGCAACAUUGUUGCUUCUUCGUUGAGUAAACCCAAAAUCUCUCCCUUCCCCUCCACUCAAAGCACCACCACCAUAAUAAUAAUACCAAUCCCCAAUCCCCAGUCCCCUAAUCAUCUUCCUUAAUUUCUCACAAUCCAACUUCCAAACCUCGUCGACAUGUCGGAACAGCAGCAGCCGGGUUUGGUUUAUCCCAACACCGCCGCCGCCCAACCUCCUCCUUCCCACCAUUCCAACGGCUCCUUCGGUGCAGUCUUUAUAGUUCUUGCCGUAAUCGUUGUCGUGUCGGCUCUCGCUUGCUUUCUUGGCCGCCUCUGCAACCGGCGAGUUGAAAACCAGAAGCCCAAGCCGGAGAAGAAGACCCAUGGCGGCGGCGGCGGUGGUCGCCCCAAAGGAAAAGAACUACCCAAACCUCACCCCAAUAAAGAUGGAGACAUCGAAUUUGGGUUUGAUUUGAGAAACCCAAAUGGGAAAGGCAAAUUCCCUUCUGGUGGAAAUGGAGGAAGCAAAGGCAAAGGUAAUAAUGGUAAUAACGGCCAUGGCCAUGGUCAUGGUAAUGGCUUCAAACCCUUUGAAAAUGGCAGUGACAUGAGAAGCGAGAUCAAGUAUUCUGAUCACCACGAAGCAGAUUUCAAUUUCAAAGCUGGUGGGCAUGUUUGAUGGUUCUUGUAUAACUAAACUACAAUAUGGAACCAAGAAAAGGCCCUGUUCCUCUGUCAAAUUAUAGCUGCUGUGUGGAUUUUUCUCUCUGUUCUUUCUUCACUUCUUUGUUCUUAUCUAAUUACAAGCCUCAAUUCAAUCACCAAUCUGUGAUAAUAUUCAGGGGAUGCUCUUGAAUUCUGGGUAGGAGUCUAAAACCAGUUUGAAUUUUUUUUUUUCGAUCGCAUAUCUUCAAGCUUACGGCAACUUCAAGUUAACAGAUGUUUUUGUGUA